UCUCGGUGGUUGAUUCAACUUAUCAAAUAUUAGAAGGUUCUUAUAUUCCUUUAUUCCUGAGAGCUGCAUCUCCUAAAGGGUCUGUCGCUGAAGAUGUUAGAAGAGAAAUGGUUUUGAAAAGAGGUUCAGUUGUUAGUGUUAUGGGAUUAUUUAUUGGAAAUCUUGGUGGUCUUACGGCUUUAUUAAUUGGGAUAAUUAUCUCAUAUACUAGAGGUGGUCCUAUGGUUAACGGUUAUCAUAACUUUUUGUUAGCUAUUUCUAUUGCGGGUGGUAUUACAGUUCUUUUUUCAAUUAUAUCAGCAUUUUUUAUUCCUAAUGUUCGUGGUAAGGAAAAACCAAAACAUGAAAUCUUGUUAUUUUUAACUAUAAAAAGGUUUAUCAGCUUACUUGAAGAAAUUCAAAAGUAUCCCAAUGCUUUCCUCUAUUGUAUCGCUUGGGUCGUUUGGAAUGUUAGUUUCAGCAAUUUUAUGAGUAUGUUUGUGCUUUUAUUCAGAUCAACUCUUGGUUUGGGUUCCUCGGAUUCAGAAUACACAGUAUAUACUUUCAUGUCAUAUGUUACUGCUUGUAUUGGUUCUAUUUCAUGGAUGUAUUUAUAUCCUAGAUGUUCAAUAAACAUUAAGACUUGGGGUUAUGGCUUUUUGGCAUUUUCAUUAUUUACUAACUUUUGGGGUUGCUUGGGUAUUAGCAAUAAAACUUCUGUUGGUUUCAAACAUAGAUGGGAAUUUUGGGUUUUUGAAGUUUUCUAUUCAGCUUCAAGUUCAUCAAUGAGAUCUUUAAAUAGAACCGUUUAUAGCACCUUACUUCCUGAAGGUGAUGAAGCUCAAUAUUUUGGUCUUGAAAUAAUGUUAGGAGUAGCAACUGGUUGGAUUGGAUCAUUGGUCAAUGCUACUAUUCAAGACAGAACAAAUAACGAUAGAUUUCCAUUCUUACCAAAUCUCUUUUUGGUUUUAAUCUCAAUAACCCUUUAUUAUUUGGUUGAUUUUGAGAAGGGAAUGAAAGAUGCUGAAAAAUUAGUUGAAAGUAGUGAAAGUAACACUGAAGUAUUAGAAGAGCAUUUUAUUCCUCCAAAGUAGUUUUUCAAAUUUUGGAUGCGAAAUAUUUUUAAUAUUAUACUCUUCUCUUCAUUGAAUUGAAAUUAAAGCAAAUAAUAAAUUACAUAUAUAAAAAUAGAUAUUUAUAGUUUUAGUAGGUCAAUGUAAUAGUUUAAGAGUUCAAUUUUUAUAUUUUUAG